AUGGAACCUUCCUAUGUGGGCAUUGUUGAGCAGACUGAGUACGAUCCCAAUAGCUCCUCCAGUAUCGAUCUCAUCCGAUGGAUCGACGAAGUCUGCCGCCGUGCUAUGUUGGAGAAAGCCUUUGCUCAGCCGUCGCGCAAAUCACUCCAGAUAUAUAACUCUGCCGAAGGCAACAACUACAUCUGUAGUGCGUUCGUGUUCAAUUCGAUGCUGCCGCCACAGCACACUGGUUCAACAGCGAGGAACGUGUUCUUAUUGCUUCCCCUUGGGUUGCCAAGGAUUGCGGUAGCUCCGUUGAGAGUAUCGUUCUUUGCCCCGCGAGCGAGUGGGGAGGAGACGCUGCAAGUUCAGAACUGGACGAAGAACAACGACGUCUGGACGCAUAGGAAGAAGCGCAAAGCUGCAAUUUCUUGGCAUGGCAUCACGUGA